AUGCAAAAUUUGAAUUUCUCUUUCUUCAAACGGAUUAAACGGUAUCUUCUCUUCUUCUUCCUCACUAAAUACUCAAUUCUUCUAUUUCCUAUCAGUGAUCUUGCUGACAAGAGUAUCUCCGGCGCCGGCAUGAACGACUCCGUUUCUUCUUCUUCUUCUUCUCCUCCUCCCUGCGAGAAUGAAGACUCAAAUCAGAAUACUGGAUAUCGUAUUCCGCCACCGGAAAUUAGAGAUAUCGUUGAUGCUCCUCCACUUCCAAUCUUACUGUUGUCACCAUGCAAAGAUAAUAUACUGUUUCUAAGACGGAGUUCUAUACCUCCUCUAUCGGAAUUGGCCAGGCCGGAAUUGAAACUUGCUGGUAUUCGAAUUGAUGCUGAUUGUAAUUGCCGUAGUCGAUUGUCAUUCUAUACUGGUAUUGUAAUCCACCAGCUAUUGCCUGAUGGUAAACUAGGUCGGGAGAUUGAAGUGUGUGGCCUUCCUGAAGGUGCUAAGAUUAAUUUUGUCACCUGGUCAAAUGAUGGGAAACAUAUUGCUUUUAGUGUUCGAGUUGAUGAGGAAGAUGGUGGUAAGCUGAAAGUUUGGAUAGCUGAUGUUCAAACUGGGAAAUCACGGUCCUUGUUUCAGUCAUCAGAUGUUUACCUGAAUGCGAUCUUUGAUAAUCUUGUUUGGGUGAAUGAGUCGAGUCUUUUGAUCUGCAUUGUUCCUUUAUCUCGUGGAAAUCCACCUAAGAAGCCAUUUGUUCCAACUGGUCCAAAAAUUCAAUCUAAUGAACAGAAAAGUGUUUCUCAAGUGAGAACCUUUCAGAAUCUGCUCAAGGAUGAUUACGAUGAGCAUUUAUUUGAAUAUUAUGCCACCACACAGCUUGUUUUGGUCAAUCUGGAUGGAAUAUUCAAGCCAAUUGGACCUCCUGCUAUAUAUACAUCAAUAAGUCCCUCACCCGAUAGGAAAUAUAUUCUACUUACAUCAAUCCAUCGACCAUACUCAUUUACCUUGCCGUUUAGAAGAUUUCCAAAGAAGGUUGAUGUCUGGACAACUGAAGGGAUGUUUGUUAGAGAACUCUGUGAUUUGCCUCUUGCUGAGGACAUCCCAAUAGCAUCAAACAGUGUAAGGAAAGGAAUGAGAUCGAUCCAUUGGAGAGCUGAUAAACCUUCUAUUCUCUGCUGGGUGGAGACGCAGGAUGGUGGUGAUGCUAAAAUAGAAGUUUCUCCUCGUGACAUAGUGUAUGCUCAAGCUGCUGAACCUCUUGAAGGAGAAAAUCCAAGAAUAUUGUGCAAACUUGAUUUUCGUUAUGGGAAUAUUUCCUGGUGUGAUGACUCAUUGGCCUUAAUUUAUGAGUCCUGGUACAAGAAGAGGCGAUCAAGGACAUGGGUUAUUUCUCCUGAAUCAGACAAUGUGUGUUCACGCAUACUGUUUGACAGGUCUUCUGAAGAUGUGUACUCGGAUCCUGGUUCUCCUAUGAUGUGCAGGACUCUUUCUGGAAGUUUUGUAAUUGCCAAAGUAAAGAAGGAAAAUUGUCCUGGCACAUAUAUUCUACUAAAUGGACAUGGUGCUACACCCAAUGGGAAUAUCCCAUUCCUGGAUUUGCUUGACAUAAAUACAGGUGUGAAAGAUCGGAUAUGGGAGAGUGACAAAGAAAAAUAUUACGAAGUUGUUGUUGCUUUAUUGUCUGGUGAUGCUUCAGGGGAAAUUUCCCUUGAAGGGUUGAAAAUACUUACAUCGAAAGAAUCCAAAACUGAAAUCACCCAGUACUUCAUACAGAGCUGGCCAGAAAAGAAAGCUUGUCAAAUUACUAAUUUUCCUCAUCCAUACCCACAAUUGGCAUCAAUGCAGAAAGAGAUGAUCAGAUAUGAUAGGAAUGAUGGUGUUCAUCUCACGGCAACUCUAUACCUUCCUCCAGGCUUUGAUCCAACACGGGAUGGACCACUUCCUUGUCUCAUUUGGUCUUAUCCUGGAGAAUUCAAAAGUAAAGAUGCAGCUGGGCAAGUUCGUAAAUCACCAAAUGAGUUUUCAACCAUUGAUCCAAAAUCUGCCCUACUCUGGCUGGCAAGAGGGUUUGCUGUUCUAUUGGGCCCGACUAUUCCUAUCAUUGGAGAAGGUGACGAAGAGGCAAAUGAUAGUUAUGUGGAACAACUGGUAGCUAGUGCGGAGGCUGCAGUUGAGGAAGUCAUCAGACGAGGAGUGGCGCACCCGAACAAAAUAGCGGUGGGAGGACAUUCUUAUGGGGGAUUCAUGACAGCAAAUCUUCUGGCACAUGCCCCUCAUCUUUUUAGCUGUGGCAUUGCCCGGUCUGGAGCUUACAACAGAACUCUAACACCUUUUGGCUUUCAGCAUGAAGACAGAACAUUAUGGGAAGCUACUAAAACUUAUAUAGAGAUGAGCCCCUUCAUGUCUGCUAACAAAAUUAAAAAGCCUAUCUUGCUUAUUCAUGGAGAAGAUGACAGCAAUCCCGGAACCUUGACUUUUCAGUCCGAUCGAUUCUAUAAUGCUCUAAAAGGUCAUGGCACAGCUAGCCGGCUUGUGAUUCUUCCUUUUGAGAGUCAUGCUUAUGUUGCUAGAGAAAGCAUAAUGCAUGUCUUGUGGGAAACCGAUAUUUGGCUGCAAAAAUAUUGUGUCAACAAUUCAUAAACAAAAGUUUACGAUUUAAACAAAUUGGGUAUCAUUAUUAUACCAUUACUAAUACAACGGAUCCCAUCAAACUUCGCGGUUAAGUUUGCUUUGGCAACAACUUAACCUUGGCAAUAGUUGUUGUAAUGGAAUGGGUUAGACAAAAAGAGAUAGAGCUUGGACCAUCUCCCAUAUUGCCACUUUGGUAUCAUCACACUACUUUUUCUUUUUUAAUUCAUAAUUAAUAAAGUGUGUCCACGAAAUAAGGUUAAUUC